UUUGUGUGCUGAUGUAGAUCUAAUUUCUGUGUAUCUCCAAGUCAUUUUCAGUCCAAUGGAUUAACUCUCUCGCUCCCCCUGUGCUGCUUAUUGAUAUUGGCAGCGGCAAUCAUAAAGCAGGAAAGGGGAUUACUAUACGACACUGAAUAGGGGCGUGUGAAAGAAAUGGACGUCUAUGCCAGGAGGUUGAGAAGCAUGCUAAACAUCUUGACGCCUGCCAUUACAACACAAAUAACUUCUCCAGAGACGAUUGGUUUCUAAUGACCAUUGGUUUACAAGAAAGGGAAUCAUGAUGGAACCUUCCAACGAGGACAUGUCUACAGAAUUAGGAGACACGGACAAACUUAAGCAGACGCUCAACACGCCAUCAGAGCCUGGGGAAACAGGCAUUAACAAAGGGGCGGCUGGUCCGCCUUCAGAUGGACAGCGGCCCGAACCACGUCUGUACAGUCAGAGCAUUAAUGAAUUCCAACCAUACCAAAAGUCUAUCCAAGACGAAGAGCGACCUCUUAUGUCAGAGGAAAGUCCUGAGCACAAGCCUCCAUCCACAUUGACUGUCACAAACGUGCACAAUGUCUUUGAAGUAGAAAGAACACAGGCCAGAUCGGACUUAAGCAACAAGACACCAGCUAGCAGUACAGUGUUUAAAGCAGCCAGAAAACCACUGCAGAGACAGACAGAGGUGGAUGACAGCGUGCCCACUGAGUCCAGAAACACUAGAGCAACACGAGGAGCUGGCCUCCUUGACUCUAAAUACAAACUGAACAGAGAAGACUACAAGUUCCGCAGCCUUGAGGUUCCAUCCAUCACAAUCAAAAUAGAAUCCGCCGAUGAGGACACUCGCUGCAGACACCGCAGCUCCAGCAGCGUGUUCACAGGGGACCCCCGCACCCCGUGGGACCACGAGGAGCCCCCACCGCAGGAGGGGCCCAAGACGCAGACUUUUCUGAGCCCAAGCGGUCAAACCUACGUCCAGCUGAGCACCACAGGGAGACAACUGGUGACCCGCAGCGUGGGCAGAGCCUCUGGAAACAGGCUGAAGAGCUCCUACAGCCUUGAUGCUCAGAGGGAGGACGUGGGAGACAAAAACAUGAGCCGCAGCCUCAACACGUUGGUGACUUGCAAUGGGCAGAUAACUCGCACCCAACCAGUGGUCAUGGACAAGCUCAUCUCGAGCAGCAUGAUGAGGCUGGAGAAGAUGGCCAAACAGAGACGGUCAAGCUGGGCACCAGAGACCUAUACAAGAAGUUCACAAGGAAAGAUAGAAGCUGAUGCUAAGCCAAGUUUGCAAAGUUUUAAAGAACAAAGCUUUGCUGAUCACCACUCAUCCACUCCAACACUAGAUGCUCUUAUCACUGGACCACUAAUGGCUUCCUAUGAACGUUUUGGGAGCGCAGCCUACAGUGUUGAUAGCAAAGAUAUGUCUCAGGUCGACGGAUCUACCAAAGAUACACACAUCGAGAUUGAAAAUGAUGGAAAGAUAACAAUUUAUGGUUUGGAUGGUCAAGCUGAUGCGUACAUCUCUGACCCAGCUGGAGAGCCAGAUAUUCCAAAAACUAACCUUGAGAAGGCUCGAGCAAAAGUACAGUCAAUUGUGGAAAAUUUCUAUUUUCGUCUUUUCACUGUCAUCGUCAUCCUGUUAGAUUUCAUUCUUGUUAUAAUUGACCUGUCUCUUUUUGAGUGUGCCAGCAACGAUCAACCUUUAGAAAUCACUUCACACAUUAUCAUUUGUUAUUUCAUCGUAGAAGUGUCUGCACGAAUCUUUGUACAAGGAAAAAGAUUUUUCUACAAUGUUUUGGAUUGGGUAGACUUUAUUGUUGUUCAUGCCUCUUUUAUUGUGGAUGUAGUUUUUUUGGCUUUGUCGGGUUCUGGGUGUGCAAGCACAGGAAGAGUCGCACAGCUGGUUGUGAUUGGUCGAGUUGUGAGGGCUAUAAGAGUGGUUAGAAUUGUGUACAUAAUGAUUGUCCAGCAUCGUCAAGUAGCCAAAGCGACUAGGCAGAUGGUUUCACAAAACAAACGACGCUAUCAAAAAGAUGGAUUUGAUCUUGAUUUGUGUUAUAUUACAGAAAGAGUCAUUGCAAUGUCUUUCCCAUCGAAAGGAAUGAUGGCUCUUUAUCGUAACCCUGUUGCAGAAGUUGCCAGAUUUUUUAAUACAAAACAUAAGGGACACUACAGAAUCUACAAUUUAUGUAGUGAAAGGGACUACGAUGAGACAUUAUUUUUCAACAAUGUAGAGAGAGUCUUUAUUGACGACCAUAAUGUGCCUAAACUCAGGGAAAUGUUAGAUUUCACAGUCAAUGCCAGAGAAUGGAUGUCAAGAGACAGUAAAAAUGUCAUUGCUAUUCAUUGUAAGGGAGGUAAAGGUCGCACAGGAACCAUCAUUUGCGUGUGGUUGAUUGACUGUGGCUUACUGGAAAGUGCUAAGGAAAGUUUAGAAUAUUUUGGUGACCGAAGAACAGAUUUAAGUAAAGGCAGCACAUUUCAAGGUGUGGAAACUCCCAGUCAGAGUCGCUAUGUUGGAUAUUAUGAAAAAUUAAUGAACGUCUAUAAAAAACAAUUGCCUCCCAAAAAAGUUUUAAAGCUGAACUCAAUAAAAAUUACAGGCAUAAACUCUGUUGGCAAUGGCGAUGGGAGUGAUCUGUUUAUGGAGCUCAGACAAGAUAGUCUGUUGAUAUUUGAAUGCAAUCUGGGAACUCAGAUUAACUGUGAGGUUUUGAAAUACACAGACAGUGACAGCAUAGUAAUCAACCUUAAAAACUGUCCCAACAUUCAAGGAGAUAUUAAAAUUAUGUUUAAAACUAACAAUAAAAAGAUUCCAAUAGGUUAUGAUAAAUGUCCAUUUUACUUCUGGUUCUACACAUCUUUCAUUGAAGAUAAUCAUCUGUAUAUACCGCGUGAGGAGUUGGACAAUCCACACAAGCCCAAGACUCAUAAUGUGUUUAGAGAAAACUUUGCUGUAGAAUUGAAUUUUGAAGAUGCCAGUGAUUCCUUGUAAUUUUAUAGACACUUACUUUUCAAGGACCUUAUAUGUUUUGUUUUAAUUUAAGGUAUUCACCUUCUUCUGACAGGUAUUACUAUAUACAUUGUUUUAGUAUUAUUGUACUCAAAAAUUGUAUUGCCAAGGUAUUAAUGUACACAUUGUUUUCCUACUGUGGGAUACUCACCAAAAGAAUAUUAGGAAUUCUUUUGUUGUCUGCUGCUGAUAAUGUUUAAGAUGUUGGUUAUUUUAGUUUUGCAUUUUAUUUUUGCAUUUACUUAAAUGUAAUAUUGGUCUGACUCCAUUGCAAUUAAAAUACUAGCAUCCAUCAUUGCUAGCUGCUUUAUACUAUAAGAUAAAAAUUGAUUUACAAAGAAUACAGUGGCUUGAAGAGUUUCCCUUUAAAAAGUUUUGAAAUAAUUAAUUUUUAUUGUGCUUUAGCCAAAUUAUAUUAUUUACUUCAUGAAUGAAUUGAUCUUCAAUUUAUUUUAACAGUAGAAUCUAUAUUGAGAUAAAUACAUUAUUAUCAUAUGUCCCAUUCAAAUGGACUCCCUAAGGCAUUUAAAGUUAUCUUUCACUAUUUAUAUGGUAUGCCUACCUUAUUUCAUUUUAAGUUUCAUUCUCUUUCAUAAGACCUUUAGUAGUUGAUGAGCUUAUAUUUUGGACUCUAAUCAUUCCUACAAAUUGUAAUAUUCAUGUAAUUUUUUUUUUAAAGCAAUAGCAAACAGCAACUUUCUCCUAAAAAUGUUUGAUUGAAUUAUUUUGAUAUUAUUUAUUGUAAUUUUGUCUAGCUAAAAAUGCAUUCCACUAGUCUAACUAUUUUAUAAUGAGUUUAGCAACUUUUUUUUUAUUCAUUUUAAAAGUAAUUUCAAGUUUUUAUAUCUUUUCAAUGAGCUGGUGUUUUAUACACUUGUCCCUGUUUGUAAGUCAAUGCUAUUUGGCAUUGAAUAACUAGAAAAACCUAUGACUAUUGGACCAGGUCUUGAGUGUGUUUCAUGUAUGUACUCCUUUCUUCCAAUUCUGUUGACAUUGUUUUUCCUUCAGGUUUUUCUUCCAUUCUGCUGGUCACAGUGCACUGUAUAUUACUUAACAAUUCAUUUUUACACUUUUUUUAAAUAUAUGUACUGACCUGCAAAGCUAUAUAUAUGUCAUCAUUUUUUUUAAAUGUGCAGGUUACUUGAUUGGAACUUUGAAAUGGUAAUAAGUAUCUUUGUUAUGCUUUAUGAGAGAAUGUGUUUUUAAUUCAAGCUCGGAAUAAGAAUAUUUGUUAUGAUAUAAUGUUGAAUCCUUUUUACCUGACCACAUUGGGACACAAUCUUUUUAUCCUAAUAACCAGCUGGUCCUAUUAACCUGAUUCAAUUGUAUAGUAUAGUAGGAUAUAUUUGGUCAUUCAGAAUUUGGCCCAAAUAAGCAUCUAGUCUGAUUAACCGGUGGUCCAACCAGCCAAAUUUAACUGUGUAAUAUCUUUUUACAUGUUUUUUUAAAAUAUCUUUGUAUCUAAAGAUUUUAUCUUCUAAUUCUUCUUCAUUAUUAACAGUUGAGGCAGUCAAACAGCUGACACUACAGUACACUGUACAUUAUAUUCACCACUUAAUGGUAUAUUAUAUAUAUUCACUGUAUCUGUGAUCAAAUGCACAAUGAUAGCUUUAUAAAAUUUACUAAAAAGUCAAUUGAUGAGAUAUUUUUAGUUUGACCAAAUAACAGUCAACUUUAAAGGUUUUGUAUUGAUGUAAUGACGGUAACUUGUGAUCAAAAAAGGAGUAGGGGUCCUUUUACAACCCCCGUUGCCAUGAAUGUUUAUUUUCAAUAGCUCCAAUUAAAUAUUCAUAGUGGCUUUGGCGAACACAGUCAACAUUCAAGAAACAGAUUCAAUGCAAACAUUAUUCUCCAGCCUGAUGACCUACCAUCACAGAAGUUGCUCUAAUUUUGUUGGAUUCCUGAAUCAAACUUUUCACAAUUAUCAUUAUCAUUAGUUAAUUUUAAAUGCUAAAUAAAUGCUUAAUUGAUUUGAAGCCAUGGUGCAAAGUAAAUGCCAUAUAAUUUAGCUAUAUUGAUAGCAGUUUAAAAAAGCACUCUUUUUUUUACAUAAUAUAAAGUAGAAGUUACCCCUUUCAGACCUUGGGAUCUAUCGAGGCAGAUAGUAUAAAGCUCUUAAGUUUAUAUUAUAAGAAAUUCUCAAAUUUAAUAGUAUAAAAAAAAAACUUAUCACAUUGGAUUAAAUUGAUUUACAUAACUUAUCAAUUGACUCUAGUAAAAUUUGAAGCAUUUUAAGAUCCCUAUGUAGAGUUUUAUUUCAUUAUCCUUGUUCAGCAACUUUAUGUCAAUGAUUUAAGCUUGCCAACUUUUUGAGGAAUGAUUGAGAUUAAAUUUUUAUUUAAUUUGUUCAGCAUUUAAGGCAAAUGCUAAAAUAAUAAGCAUUGCCAAAAAAAAGUAUUAAUUUUCUAGUGUUUUAUAAGUAUGAGAUUAACCAUAGAAUGUUCCUUUCUGCGUGCAAUAUUUUUGUUUUUAAAUUUCAAAACGUUUGUGAUAAACAAGGACAGUGUUAACUACAUUGAUUUCUCGAUAAAGUUAGUUUUAAACACAUAAUGGAUAAGAUUGUUAACAUUAAUUAUAUUUAUACUAAAAGUAUGUAUUAUGUUAUUUUGUUUAUUAAAUGUAAUUGUUGUAUCUAUUUUUAUAUUUCUUUUAAAAAAAAUAUUUUCAAAGUUUUAGAUCAAAGUUUUAGAAGCAAAGCUCUAGGUCUUGCGAACAGAAAAAACUAAAAAUAUUAAAAUUUGUAAACCCAAAGCCUUACUGUGAAAAAAUGUCCUUAUAAUUGUUUAUAAUUUUCUCUUAUUUUCACCUUGUAUAUCUAACAUUUUGGUGAGUAAAAUAAAAUGAAGAAUAUUGAAAUAAAUUAAUUUUAAAAAAUAGAUCAACAAGAGAAUGUAGGCUUAUUGGAUUUAAAUAAAAUAUUGUUUGUUUGUGACUUUGAUAGUAAUUAAGAACUUUUGUAAUAGACUUUUAAUUUGUAUUUGUUAUUCUUCUAUUGUUUUAAGUGACUAUCCCUUUUUAAUUUGUACAAACAGCAACUGUUAUAAAUGUAAUGAUUAAGAUACAUCUACAUUGUAAGUCUUUUUAUAGAUAUUAUACACACUUAUUGUGUAGUUGAUUAGAUUUACAGCAAUCAUGUUUAGUGGCUUAGAUGCUCAUUAAUUUAAUAGAGAUAUCCUGCAAAUGAAGCCAUACAGAUCUAGAUUAUUGAUAGUGAAUUGAUUUUAUGAAAAUGUAACUUGCUAUUUUACUCUUAUAUUGAUGUAAUCUAAUAGUUGUUAUUACUUCAGAAUGUGCAUUUCUUUGUUGUUUUGUCAACUUCAAGGAUUUUAGAGGGAAAUAAAAUUAGGUUAAAAUGUUCAUGUAUGAAACAGUAAUAUCUUCAAUGAAGAAUUAUUUCUGGCUUGAUCUUAUUCAUGCUCUUUAAAUUAUGUCCCUUACUCGUCCUUUUUUUUUGAAGCAUGAGUUUAAGAGUUAUAAACAAAGAACCUUUUUUUAAAAAAUGAGUUAACUAAAAGCAUGCAUAUUGUGUGCAUCAAAUAUAUAUUCUUUCCUGUACUACCUAAUGCUGUCUGGUUGUGCGGUAUGCAUGCUGGACUAUUGUGCCGUUGUCCUGAUGGUCCCAGGUUCAUACCCUACCCGCUGCCAUCCCUCAUCAUCCUGCAGGAGGUUUGGACUAGGAAGUAGAUUAUCUUCAACUCUGAAGGAACAUCUCAAACGUAAAACAUUUAACAAACGAACAUUUUUGCUUUAUUUCUGAAACUAAAUGUUGUAUAGAAUAUAAUCAAUAUUUCAACCAUUUCAUAAAAUUUUAGUUAAUGUCACAGUUGUACAAGAAUGGCUGUUUUAUUUUGAUUAAAACUAUUGUUUUUAUUAAAUAUAAUGCUAAAAACAGUAGAUUUUCUAAUGUCAAGAUGUCAAUAGCUUUAUUGUUUUAUUGUUUUUCUUUGCUGAGAAAUAUUUUUAAAAAGUGUUUUAGUUUGUUUUUUUCUGUAGAUUUUAACAACAACAAAAAAAAACAGCACUUGCCUCCCUUACUCAGUAUUUGUAUUUCAUUCUAUUAAAAUGAUAUUGAAUCCACAACUGAAUUUAAACUUGUAAAUACUUUC